AUGGGAAGUGUUGUAAGCGGAGAAGGAAUGCUAAGUGGACUUGUGACUGUUAUGGAACAAUGUCAAGGAAGCGUAAAGAGGAUACACUUAAGGAAAGGUUGUUGCAAGAUGAGGAGAUGGUGUAGAAGCGAAAGACCAAAAAAGUGCGGGAAUUGGGUUUUUCGAAGGCUUAAUUUGGACCAAAAAGGUCACAUUAUUACACCUGGAAAGUCAAAGGAUGUAUUGAUGUACCGAAAGCACGAGUUAAUGGUAAAAAAUAAACACUUGGUGAACCAGGUGCAUAUGGCGAAGAAGUCUAGGGUGAAGGUAUCCCAAAUGUACAGUUGUUAUGCUCGGGAGCGGAAUGGAGUGGAUGAGAUGACAUUUACGCAAAGAGACUUGGAGAAUGCAAUGGCUCAGAAAACCAGACUUGAGCUUACUAAGGGUGAUGUAAAUGGCAUGGUAGAGUACUUCAACAAAAUGAGUGCCGACAAACAAAAUUUUUUCCAUCUAUGUCGGUUUGGGAAGGACGGAGCAUUACAAGAUGUUGUGUGGGUAGAUGCAAGGAGUAGAGUUGCGUAUGAGGAGUUUGGAGAUGUUAUAAGAGCUAAGUCUGAAAGAAUUGCGGACUCCUACACACUGCGAUAUGUCAGGCAUUUAGUGACCGAUUUCCCAGCGGAGGAGGUGUUCCAGAAGUAUUACAUGGACGCCAAAUUCAAAGAAGUUCAGCGGGAAUGCACCAAGAUGUUGUACAUGAGUCUUCUAGAUGACUAUGAAGUUUGUGACAAUCAAGUUGAGUUUGUUAUUGAGGACCGAGUGUGGAUCAAGCCAAAAUAUGCAAAGAAAGAUGGUGUUUCCAUUAUUUCUGAGAAGUAUAUUCAACGUCGUUGGAGGAAGGAUAUUCAAAGGAAACACACAAAAGUGAAAGUAGCUUACCAUGAUUCACUUAAAACCGAUGAAGCCAGGUAA